AUGGUCUCUUUCUUGCUGAUCGCGCUGCUUCUGGCUACAAUUGCCUUGGGCGAUGCAAGUGCUCCUUUUCGUUCUGCGGUCGAGGAGUAUGAGGUGAUCCAAUAUGUUAACCCACUCAUUGGGAGUACAAAUGGAGGAAACGUAUUUGCUGGAGCUACCAUCCCGUAUGGCAUGGCAAAGGCAGUAGCCGACACCGAUUCGAGGAGUAACCAGGGAGGAUUUACCCUGGAUAGCAGUAGAAUCACUGGGUUUUCUAGUUUGCACGAUUCAGGGACAGGAGGCCAGCCCUCGCUUGGGAAUUUCCCUCUCUUUCCCUACGUAUCGUGCGCGGAUGACCAAGUCAACGGCUGCCGGUAUCCCAAAAGAGAGCGAAGGACGACGUUCGAUCAAACAUCUGUCGUGGCUAGCCCUGGCUAUUUUGCUCUGACUUUGAGCUCCGGGAUUCGUGUAGAUAUGACCACAUCCCACCACACGUCUCUCUUUCGCUUCCAGUUUCCAUCAAGCCAGAACACCAGUCCUCUCAUCCUGCUGGACCUCACUGAUUUGUCUGAUUCCCGACAAGAUAACGGUUCCGUUUCAGUAGAUGAAACAACCGGUCGACUUAGAGGCAGUGCCCGAUUUCUGCCGAGCUUCGGUAGUGGCUCGUAUGAGCCGUAUUUCUGCGCAGAUUUCAGCAGCGAGGCAGGGAUUCGUGACAACGGGAUAUUCGUCAAUUCCCGGGCAAGCACCGAUGUGAAGAAUAUUACGGUGCCCAGAAGCAUCAACGGAUAUCCUCUCCCAGCUGGAGGGUUCGUGCGGUUUAAUGCUCGUUCGAACCAGACGAUCAGUGCUCGUGUGGGCUUGAGCUUUAUCAGUAGCGCUCAGGCAUGCCAGAAUGCUGAAGCUGAGAUACCCGACUUUGAUUUCGAGUCGACCCAGGCUGCUGCAGUUGCCUUGUGGACUGAGAAGCUUGCCCCGAUUCGCGUGUCAAGGACGGGCGUGGAUGCUUCUGUACUGACCAACUUCUACUCUGGGAUUUACCGGACCUUCGUGAACCCGCAGAAUUAUACCGGCGAAAAUCCACUUUGGAGGAGUGCCGAGCCGUACUUUGACUCCUUCUACUGUCUCUGGGAUUCAUUCAGAUCACAGCUCCCAUUCUUGACGAUCGUGGAUCCUUCAGCUGUAACACAGAUGGUUCGCUCUCUGGUUGAUACACAGCGGCAUCUUGGAUGGCUUCCUGAUUGCCGAAUGUCACUGUGUAAAGGCUACACACAAGGUGGCUCUAACGCAGACGUUGUCCUUGCUGAUGCAUAUGUAAAGGGCCUUAGCGAAGGUAUCGACUGGGAUGAUGGAUAUGCCGCGGUUUGGAAAGACGCCGAAGAAGAGCCUUUUGCCUGGUCGAAUGAAGGCCGUGGAGGCUUGGCUAGCUGGAAGUCUCUCAACUACAUCCCUGUAGAAGAUUUCGACCAUGUGGGCUUCGGAACUAUGACGCGGAGUAUCUCUCGAACUUUGGAGUACUCUUAUAAUGACUUCACCAUCUCACAAAUGGCCCGCGGUCUUAACCGGACGACAGAUGUUGAACGUUUCGAGAGAACAUCGAGAUACUGGCAAAACCUCUUCCGAGCGGAUCAGAGGUCUGCCAUUAAUGGUACCGACACUGGCUUUGUUGGUUUCUUCCAGCCAAAGCACUUGAAUGGAACAUGGGGUUACCAGGACCCGAUAACAUGCUCUACUGUCGACAGAAGCGGCCGAGCCUGCUCUUUGCAGAAUACCGGUGCGGAGACUUUUGAGUCUAGCAUCUGGGAGUACCAAUUCUUUAUUCCACACGAUAUGGCCACUCUGGUCACUCUCCUCGGUGGCCCAGAUCAAUUUACUCGUCGCCUCGACUAUCUCCACGAGCAAAAUAUCACUGACAUCGGCAACGAACCAUCCUUCCUCACCGUCUUUCAAUACCACUACGCCGGACGCCCUGGCAAAUCCACCGCCCGCGCCCACUUCUACAUCCCGCGCUUCUUCAACCCUACUCCAGGAGGCCUCCCAGGGAAUGAUGACUCUGGCGCAAUGGGCUCAUUUGUCGCGAUGACCAUGAUGGGUCUAUUCCCGAACCCAGGUCAGAACGUGUAUCUGAUCACAGCGCCAUUUUUCGAAUCAGUCGACAUUACCUCCCCAGUCACAGGGCGUACCGCGAGAAUUCGCACGGUGGGAUUCGAUUCGGCCUAUAACAAUAUUUAUAUCCAGUCUGCGACGCUGGACGGUCGGCCUUAUACGAGAAACUGGAUCGGGCAUGAGUUCUUUACUGAGGGUGGUGAGCUCGUGCUUACCCUGGGGAGGAACGAGAGUACCUGGGGAAGUGGGGAUAAUGAUCUUCCGCCGUCAUUGUCGGUGACGAGUCUGCUGGAGAUUCAGGCUUAG